AUGGUCAUCCAGUUCACCUUUCCCGGCCAAAAGCUCCUCAUCGCUUGCUUCGCCAGCGCGCACCGCCGGACGUUCUUCUCUAGCCUCAUCCUCUUUCCGUCCGGAUUACUCAUUCUUGACCGAAAAGCCUACGCGGCAGGGCACCUUGGCCGGACGAGCACCGCCACAGAUGGGAAUAAAAAAACCCAUCUCCUUGCCCUAGAGCUCGACGUGCUCUGGAAUCUAGACAUCGGCGACCCCGAUUACAAACACGUCAGCGUGGAUCUAAACUCAGCCAAAUUGGCGGCAGUCACCGUCGCCGCCGUCAGAACAUGGCCAGUUAAGUUGAUGCAGCCAACACCUUUCCACGUGCAACAAUCAAAUUUAGCAUCCCAAGAAGACAACACGCUUGAGGAGCCAUUGAGAGAUUGCUUGAAGAUUAAAAGUGAUUGGUUUUCAAUUUCGGGGCAGAGGAUACAAUUGCUUAGUUUGAAGGACAUGAAAAAGAGGGCUGAAAACAAAGCUGCAUGGAUAGUGUGGUGUGUGUGCGUCGUCGUCCUGCCCGGAACAAUCCUCCGCGAUGCCGGCCGUGAGGACAUCUCCGACGCCGCCGGUGUGACAUAUGUCGACCGUCAGGUGCAGGCGCCGCCGUGUGUCUCGCCGGAGGAGACGAACUUCUCGUCGAAUUUGAGCGGCGGGGGUCGGUGGAUAAAGAAGGGCGGCGCCGGCACUGGCCCCGCCUCUGGUCUCCGCCGUGCCUCCGCCGUGACUUCACCUCUAGCCGCCAACCGCGACGCAGGAGACUCCGGCCGUACAUCCGCCGCUCGCCGCCGAUCGCGACAUAGGAGAGCCUCCGUCGUGCCUAGGCAACCAAUCUCGUCGGCGUCCUCCCGCCGAUAUCCUCAGAUCCGGUCGCCGUUAGCCGUUCGCCUCAUCGAGCUCAUAUGCGGCGGCGCCGCUCCCGCAUCGUCUUCCACAGGAGGCGCCAACGAGGCGAAGCAGAGGUGGCCUCGCGGCUCCUGCAAGGCCGGUAAGGAAGUUCAGUGA